UCUUUCUGCUCCUUUAUUAAUCUCCGGUUAUUCAUUGGAAAGAUUCGAUGUGUGUUAAAUUGAUUCGAUUAGAACUGAAUACGACCAAAACUUGCAAGUGAUUUCUUUUUAUUUAUUGAAGUUUUGGCAAGAAAGCUCGAAGCAGCUUUCAGUAGCGUAAUUCGAUUAAUUUUCGACCUGGCUGGUGAACUCAUUGGCAUGUAUUCCAAGAUCUUUCCCGCGAAAAUGAUUGGACAAGCUGUGAUGCCGAGAAAUUCGUAUGAGGAUUCGACGGAAUGAAUUGCCACAAAACAGACUCACGGUCAUUUCAAUGCAUCAGCAUUAGGAGAAGUGAAGUGCCAUCCAUUGUGCCGAAAAUGAAGUACCAAACCCAGAAAAGAAGAAGAGGAAUGGACCCAGAAAGGGUAAAAGAUCUAUCUGCUGCAUAUCAUUCUUUUCAAUGUGAGAAAAUUUAGAAAGUUGAUGAACUGUGUUCAUCAUUGCAACGGGUAAACCCAACUCACGCCGGAAAUGAGCUUUACGCUCCAAUUUUGCCUUUUGUUUUAGUCCGAUUCUUUAGUGGAUUACCAUUCACUGGCAAUGAUUACUGUUCCCCCAAAAGCAAUGCAACACUCGCAACACGCUCAAUUUCGGCGAUUUCUCAAAGCCAAAAGAACCAUGAAACAAAAGGCCAAUCUGUCGCCACCUUUCCCUCAAAAAAGUUGCACUCGCACCUGCAAUUCCUCUCUUGACUUUUUAGAGCAGCAGCCAUCAUGGACACUCGAUUGAAAAGUUCUCACCGCCAUCAUCAAAGUCAUCGCUCAUCAUCGCCAAACGCCCUUCAUUGCAAAGCACACUUGACACCAGGAAGCAGACUCAGAGACUCAGAAUUGCAAUGCAAGGAAGAGAAGCUUUAGAUUAGAGGGGACAGGGGGGCGGGGUUGGCGGGUUCGACGGUAGGAGAGAUGGGCAUGAUAACGGUUGGAGUCGCCGAGUUGAAGCCGAGCGUGUCGGGGAGGCGGUCGCUCCGUCCGAGUUCGAGCGUCAGGCACACUAUCGAAUGGCCAAUAUCUGAUGUCUCCAGCGAUCUCACCGUUGAAGUAGGAGUCACAACCUUCGCACUUCACAAGUUUCCUCUUGUUUCGCGGAGCGGUCGGAUUCUGAAACUGUUGGUGGACACAAAAGAAUCGAAAGCCUCACGGAUUAGUCUCCGGGAUGUCCCAGGCGGUCCACAGGCAUUCGAGAUAGCUGCCAAGUUCUGUUAUGGCAUAAACAUAGACAUUUCAUUGUCCAACGUCGCAACACUUCGCUGCAUAGCUCAUUACCUGGAGAUGACCGAGGAAUUGGCUGAGAAAAACCUGGCAUGCCGAACUGAAGCUUACAUUAAGGACAUGGUGCUACCGAACAUAUCUAUCUCAAUCACCGUGCUUCAUCAAUGCCAAAACCUGUUACCCACCUCUGAAGAGAUCAACCUGGUCAGUAGGCUGAUCAAUGCCAUAGCGAACAACGCUUGCAAAGAGCAGCUCACGUCGGGCUUAUCCAAGCUCGACCGCAAUUUCUCAGCAAAGCCCAUUGAGGACGUGGAACCAGAGACGCCUGCAGAUUGGUGGGGAAAAUCGCUUUCAGUACUCAGUCUCGAUUUCUUCCAGCGAGUUCUAACGGCGGUCAAGUCGAAGGGGCUAAAGCAGGACAUGGUCAGCAAGAUUUUGGUGAACUAUGCCCAUAAUUCUCUUCAGGGUCUCAUCCUUAGAGAUCCGCAUUCUGCAAAAGCGAGUUAUUCAGACUUGGAAUCGCAGAAGAAGCAAAGGGUGAUUGUGGAAACGAUAGUCAGCUUGCUUCCGACACAGUCGAGGAAGAGCCCCGUCCCGAUGGCAUUUCUUUCGAGCUUGCUGAAGAUCGCCAUUGGAGCAUCUGCGUCCGCUUCUUGCAGGUCCGAUCUGGAGAGGCGGAUUGGCUUGCAGUUGGACCAGGCCAUUCUCGAGGACAUCCUCAUCCCCGCGAAUUCACACGGGAAUGGGCCAAGCCUAAUCUACGACACAGAGUCGAUCUUGAGGAUAUUUUCCACUUUCUUGAACUUGAACGAGGACGAGGACGAGGAGGAUGAGGACAAUCAGCUGAGGGAUGAAAACGAGAUGGUUUGCAACUUCGAGAGUCCUGGAUCCCCGAAGCAUAGCUCGCUUCUCAAGGUCUCGAAGUUGUUGGACAACUAUCUUGCGGAGGUUGCCCUGGAUCCCAACUUGUCACCGUCCAAGUUCACAGCGCUCGCCGAACUGCUUCCCGACCACGCCCGCGUAGCAAACGAUGGACUCUAUAGAGCUGUCGAUAUCUUCCUCAAGGCUCAUCCGAACGUCAAGGACACGGAGCGAAACCGGCUGUGCAAGACCGUCAACUGCCAGAAACUGUCGCAGGAAGCCUGUAGCCACGCGGCGCAGAACGAGAGGCUGCCAGUGCAGAUGGCAGUCCAAGUCCUGUACUUUGAGCAGAUCAGGCUGAAGAGCGCGGUGAGCGGAGCAAGCGGGCCGCAACAUGGCACAUCCUUCAUGGGGUCGGCCAGCUUCGGAGGGGCCGGCCCGUUCCCGCACCGCUCGGGGAGCGGGGCGGGCGGAGGGAGCGGGGCCAUCUCGCCGCGGGACAACUACGCGUCUGUGAGGAGGGAGAACCGGGAGCUGAAGCUAGAGGUGGCCAGGAUGAGGAUGAGGCUGACGGACUUGGAGAAGGACCACGUCUCGAUGAAGCAGGAGCUCGGGAGGCCACACCCGGCGAGCCGGCUGCUGAGGUCGUUCACCAAGAAGCUGAGCAAGCUCAACGGCUUGUUCCGGAUGAACUCGACGAGGGCGCAGCCGCAGGGGAGCAAGGCGAACUCGGAGACGGGCUUCUUGUUUCAGAACCACAAGAGGAGGAACUACUCAUUUUCUUGAACCACCAUGUUGUUUGAGCUUCGACCGUAUAGAUUUACUGUAUCGUUUGUAUCUCACUGGGGUUCGUCGACGGACAAAAUGCCACUGCCAGGCAAAGGCUAAGCUCCGCAUUAUCGUCUUCCGUGCUCAGUCAAUUGUUCAUAACUUCGUCUCAGACAAUGCAGGAGUCAACGAACCCUGGCGUGUAAUUCAAUAAUUAUUUAUUGUGAGCAAACCAUGUCAACAAAUGACUCCGUGGCCCAAUGGAUAAGGCGCUGGUCUACGGAACCAGAGAUUCUGGGUUCGAUCCCCAGCGGAGUCGACUCUUGUCCUUUUAA